AUGUUGGACUUGAGCUUCCUGACUGAGGAGGAGUAUGAGAAACUGAUGAAGGUUCUGCAGAGAGAUGCAGAGCUGAAGAAGAAGGAUGGGGAUCGCAUCAGGCGAAUAGAAGGCUCCAUCAAGGAUGAAAAGAAAAAGAAGUUUGUGACAGGUGAAUGGUUUUCAGAAGUGAAGGCAAAACGGUUUCAGGAAGACUUAGAGGGGCCAGAUCUACUUCGAGCAUCAAUUAGAAGAAAGAAGGGCAAACUAGAAAAUGAGGCCAACGAGCACAUCCGGACGAGUCUGGAAAGCAAAGCUGCUCUGAGUCCUGCCUUCCCUGAGCAUACUGCUGGUGCAGGAGAGGAGAAAUCCAGCACACCUGCUCUUGAUGCCCCAGAGGAGCAUAAAAUCUUGCCAAAACCGAAGCCGAGACUUCCUGUCCCACUCUCUGCAUCACACAAGAGACCCAGCAUACAUGAUGUCUCUUCCUCGGAGAGUGACACUGGAGCAAGUCCAUUUGUGGCUGCAACAAACAGCUUGCAUUUAUCUAGAAAAGGUCAUGCAGUGUCUCCAUUGCCCACCGGACUUUCAGAGGAUGCUGUACCUCAGCUCAGCUGUGUGGCUGGAGGAGAGGCUGUUGAUGGGGCCAAUGGCACCACAGCGGGGGCAAAAACUCCACCUGAAGAAACUUAUGCUGCCAGCAAGAUACCAGUUAAGAGGAAACCAAGCAAAACUUUCCCCAGAUCUGAGCAGCUGGUGAAUCACAUGGGGUCAGCAGAGAACAGCCUCGCAAAGAGAGAGCUGCUGGCAAGCCCCAAGCCCCUGACCACAGAGGGGGAGAGCAGCCAGGCUGGGAAGCAAGGUGCCAACUACACUAUCUCCUCGAUGAGUAACAAAGAGGAGGAUAUCGGCUUUGAUCGUGAACACUUCAAGAACUUGAAGAACUUCUGGGAGAAGGGAGCAGACUCUGCGAUGGUAGGACACAUGCCAGAGGACCCAAGCUGUGUAGAGGCAGAUGGUCAGCAGUUCAAGCUGUGCCGCUCGCUCUCUGUGCACUCUGGGCAAGGCCAGAACAGCGAAGAAAAACCUGGUGUCUUCAACAAAACAAGAACCCCCUACAAAAGGACAAUAACCUUGUCUUCUAGCGAGGAGGAACCAAGCUGUGUAGCCCCUGCAUGGAAGGGUUCCAUUUCUAUCAUUCCUAGAUCCACGUAUGCCAAGAGCAAAGGUGGCCUGGUUCCAAGAAACAAUUCGCUGGGUGAAAGCGAUGGGAAGCCACCAGUGCCAGAGGAGGAGAAGGCGGCUCAGCGCUGCUCCAAGAAAUCCAGAUUGCCUGUGCGAGCGCCUUCCGUCAAAACCGGGUCGCCCACUGAAGAAGUGUCUGGCAGCACAUUCAAGCCAGAAACGCCUACAAACGAGUUUAGCGUGUCAGAAGAGCGCAGGCACACAGCAAAGUCCCUGGCGAGCAGGGUGCAGAUACUGAUUGAGCCUGUACUCACAGAUGGUGAAAAUGAUGGGAAAGAGGAAGGAUCUGAUUUGGGCACUCCUGACAACAUGGAAGUAAGUGGAGAGCUACCUGAGGAGAAAACGUGUGAGUCUGCAGACCAGCCCACGCCUGGCGAACCAGCUGGAGAGAGAGAAGCUGUGCAGGGAAUGGACUCAGCUGUUCACUCAGAGGAAGAUGGAGAUCAUUCUCCUGCUGCUCAGGCACUGACCCGAGAGAAUAGCAUUAAUCUUGCAAAGAGCAUGGUGAACAUUUACACAACCACAGAGACAUACAGUAAACCUCAUUUGAUACCCCAUCACUUCCUUGAACCUGAAAGAGUCAAAGAGCUGAGCCGAUCUUCUCCUCUCCUGCUGUCUGAGACUGAAUCAGACACAGCUUCAGAAAUCAGCUUCCAGCUUAACAAGCACAAAAAGACGCCGAGCGUGGGCAGCCACUCGUCCGACAUGGCAUCUGUCUCCUCGGUGAGUGGCAGUGUGCUCAGUGUCUACAGUGGUGAUUUUGGGAGUGUGGAUGCCCAAGGGACCGUGGAAUUUGCUCUAGACUAUGAUGAGAAGAACCGGGAGUUCCAGGUUCAUGUGUCCCAGUGCAAGGACUUGGCUGUUGUGGAUGAGAAGAAAGGCAGAUCUGACCCGUAUGUUAAAACUUACCUGCUCCCAGAUAAAGCUAGAAUGGGUAAAAGGAAAACUUCAGUGAAGAAGAGGACAGUGAAUCCUAUUUACAAUGAGGUGUUACGGUAUAAAAUAGAGAAAAUGGUAUUGCUGAUCCAAAAACUGAAUCUCUCUGUUUGGCACAAUGACCCACUGGGACGUAACAGUUUCUUGGGAGAGAUCGAGAUAGACUUGGCCAGCUGGGACUGGAGCAACAGGAAACUCAACUGGUACCCACUGAAGCCCCGAAGCCUUUCUGCUGUUAAUGGUGUGGAUCAUCGAGGAGUGAUGAAUUUGUCUAUCAAGUAUGUCCCUCCAGGAAGCCUAGGUCCCAAAAAUCCUCCCUCUGGGGAAGUUCACAUUUGGGUCAAAGAUGUCAAGGACCUGCUGCAGUUGCGUCCUUCUGGAGUUGACUCCUUUGUGAAAUGCUAUGUGCUUCCAGACACCAGUAAGAAGAGUUACCAAAAGACCCGAGUCAUAAAAAGAGACACAAACCCUGUUUUCAAUCACACCAUCGUGUAUGAUGGCUUUCAUACUGCGGAUCUAAAGGAUGCUUGUGUUGAACUGACUGUGUGGGAUCAUGAAAAACUUACCAACCAUUUCCUUGGAGGAAUCAGGCUGGGGCUUGGGACAGGUUUGAGCUAUGGCAUCUCUGUGGACUGGAUGGACUCCACACAAGAGGAGGUGGCCUUUUGGCAGGAGAUGAUGUCGGCUGCCAAUGAAUGGAUUGAGGGAUUGCUGCCCCUGCGCUCACUGGCAGGCAGGAAAAAACUGAAAUAA